CAGCGACACAGCCAUUGCCCCAAACACAGCCAUCCCGAAGUCCCCGUUGCCGUCACGCUCAAGACCCCAGCGUAACGCCCCCGUCUCCGCAUUUCGCUUCCCGGUAGCGCAGGCGGAUAAUUGCAAAAGAAAAGUAAAAGAAACGAGCCCCCACAUCUCGCAAGCACGUUUUCAACCCUCCAGACUAUUCGAUGCCACAGCCUGUCAUCUCGAUAUAUUUAUAGGUGUUAGCACCCACGUUCAGGAGCCCCCACCCACCACAUCAGCCAUACUCAAACCAGUUCACUUUUGGCCAUGUCUUACACCUCGCCAGUCAUCACAGGCCAUCGUGGCUUCAAGGCCAACUACACGGAAAACACGCUUCUAGGCUUUGAUAAGUGCUACCAGACGGGUGCCACCGUGAUCGAGACCGAUCUCUGGCUCUCGCGAGACCAGGUGAUCGUGAUAUCGCACGACGUUACCACCAAGCGCAUCUUUGUGGAUGCGGAUGGCAACGAGACCAACUACAACAUCCUCGAAACCAGCUACGAAGACACCCUCAGACAUCUCAGGACCACGUCUGGUGAGCUGUUGCUCACAUUCCAGGACGUUCUCAGGUGGUUCGUGCAGUACAUCGACGACCAUGACUCCAACAGCCACAAGCUCCAGUUGGAUAUCAAGCGGUUGAACCCCACCAAGAUCCUCAAGCACCUCAUCAGCGACCUCUUGGCAGUCAGGAAUGAUAUCGCGUGGUGGUACCACCGCAUCCAGUUCGGGAUCUGGGACCUCCGUUUCAUCAAGUACUUGAACCAGGAGGACUUCUUCCGCGAACACUUUCCCGGUACCCCCAAUGCUUUGGGGUACUCCCAGUUCGACGUGUUCCACAUCUCGCUCAGCUGGAAGGACUCCAUCCACUACAUCAACUACAACUUCUAUCUCGAUGCAUUGAGCGAGUUGAAGAAGGACAACCUCUACCGCGUCCGCAUCACGGGAGUGUCGUUGCUCUACGUGCUGACGUGGUCGCCCCAGUUCGUCACCAAGUUCGUGCCGUUGCUCCGCAUCCAGCGGUUGAAAUUGUACUCAUGGACCAUCAACACCAUUCCCCAGUAUGACUACCUCGCCAAGAUCGGAAGUGCAGCCAAUCUCGUGGAGUACGGCAUUAUCACCGACCAUCCAGACGUGAUGUCCGACCACAAGAACGACAAGGAGCACAGCGAGCGCGACCAGUUGGCCCGUGACUUGGAGAAGUUGAAGACCUACUCCACCUGUGACGAGGCCUACAGUGAGGAGGGCGAGUUGAGGAUUCAGGUGUCCUUGAAGCAGAGAUUCGUGUACUUCUUGUUCUCGACGUUUCAGGCGUUUACCAACAUGAGGGCAGUGACUCCUGAAGAGAAGCAAUACGACUCGUACGUAGAUGAGAACAGGAUUAUUCCGGCCAAGGACAAUCUGUUCUUCAGAUGGGUUUUUCAAAAGUGUCAGAAGGUUGGGAUUUUUUAGAGCUAUGAAUAGAGAAUAGACAAAUAAGAGAAUAAUUACUGGGUAAAGACACACAAUAACAGAUCUUGUCGUGAAAAGAAAUUGCUUGGGUUUGCACUAUAGUCAAACUCAUAAAUUACUUCUUUUGUUGCCCUCGAUAGAUUUAGUGUAGGUCAAGGGAGGUAUAGGAGAAUAUCUGUUCCAAGAACAUACUAGGAUACAAUU